AUGGACGCUAUUAGAGGGAGAUACAUUUCCAUAUGUACAAGCAAAGUCUACACCCAGUUCUCACCAGAGGAGCUUAUGGAACUUAACGAUGGUUGUAAGAGAUAUAUGCAGUUGAAGGACCCCAGUUUAGGUCAGGCACAGUACUUUUCGCUAAUGGAAAUGUUGUUUUAUCUAGCCGUAUAUUUAUGCAAAGACGUGGAAGCUCAAGUUCUUUACAAUACAUUUAGGGAUAGACUUGGUGAAGACUCACCCCGAUUAUAUGGUAUGAAAAGUACGCUUUUACAAAUCAACGAAAGUGAUUCAGCAGCCGUUGAGUUCAUCGAAAAGCUAAUUAAGGAAAGAUUAGAAGUCGAUACAGAUAGUAUCAGCUAUCUACUAUUGCAAAAAAGGUUAAUCGCUAUUCAAUCAAAGAAUCACGAUAAGGAAUGGGUUGUACGUCAAUUACUAAAUCUAAUCGAAAAAUUUCCAAUAGAUCCUGAAAUUUGGUGGUUUGCAGCUCAAAACUACUUCGAAUUGGGCCAAUUUGAACGUGCGGUUUACUGUUUGGAAGAGGUAAUUCAAUUAACACCUUUCAAUUACGUGGCAUCUGCUCGGUUAGCGGAAGUAUUGUACUACAAAUCGAUGCGUGUUGAUAAAUCAGUCGCCAAGACCAAAGCUACUUUACAAAAUGCUCUAAACAAUGCAUUAAGAAGCGUUGAGCUGAGUGAAAAUUAUCUAAAGGGUUGGUCACUUGUUGCACUUACAUCCUCUAAACUAGAUGGAAAGAAUAAAAUUUUGCAAUUGGCCAAAUCUAAACUACAGAUAAUUGCAAAUGGUUCUAACGCUCAAAACAAGGUUACCGCAGAAUUAAUUCUCAAAAGUAUAUAA